AUGGCCUCCCCUUUGUCAAUUGUUCUUCAUGUUAUCAUCAUGUCAGCAGAAUUCUUCACAGGGAUUGCAGUAAAUGGCUUCCUUGUAAUCGUGAACUGUAAUGAGCUGUUCAAAUGCAGAAAGCUAAUACCAAUGCAAAUUCUCUUAACAUGUCUAGGGAUGGCUCGAUUUGGUCUGCAGGUAGUGUUGAUGAUACAGAGUUUUUUGUCUACAUUUUUUCCAGUGUUUUAUCAGGAAAAAGUGUAUGGUAGAGUGCUAGUAGCCUUUUGGAUGUUUUUUAGCUCUCUCAGUCUCUGGUUUGCCACUUGCCUUUCUGUAUUUUACUGCCUCAAGAUUUCAGGCUUCACUCAGUCCUAUUUUCUUUGGCUGAAAUUCAGGAUUUUAAAGUUAAUACUCUGGCUGCUCCUGGGCAGCCUGCUGGUGUCGCUGAGCAUCACAGCUCUAAGCGCCCAUGUUGAUUACUCUAAAAGCACAAAGGAAGACGACCUCAGAAACAUGACAGUGAAUAAGACUAAACUCCAGAUGAGGAGUGUCAGUGGAGUACUUCUUGUCAACCUGGCAUUGCUAUUCCCCCUGGCCAUAUUUGCAAUGUGCAUUUAUAUGCUGUGCGUCUCUCUUUACAAGCAUAUUUAUCGGAUGCAGAACAUGUCUCAUGGUUUUAGAAGUGCCAGCACAGAAGCCCAUAUAAAUGCACUAAGAAUGGUGAUAACGUUCUUUUUCUUCUUUAUUUUCUAUUUUGUUGCUUUCAUGGCAAAUAUAUCAUUUAUCAUCCCAUACAGAAGUCAGUGGUUCUUUGCAGUAAAAGACAUAAUGGCCGCAUAUCCCUCUGGUCAUUCAGUCAUCAUAAUCUUGAGUAAUUCUAAGUUCCAACAAUCAUUCAGGCAAAUUCUCUGCCUCAAGAAAAAUUAUUCUUCAGUAAAAUGCAAAUUAUAUGUUGAAAGUAUGUAUCAACAAUGUACUGUUAAACUGGGCAAGGUGUUUUUGGUAGACAACAAGGUGCAAAUUGAACUGGAAUUCAUGUGCAGGCAUAGACAUGAGCAAAGAUCUCCAUUUUUUACCAAAGGAGAAAUAUUUUUCCAGUCCCCUGAAGAGCAUGUGGUUCAGUCCCAUAUGUUUGCAUAUUUUCUAGAGUUUCUUAAGUUAUUAGUUGUCAUGGCAGUAACUGUUGAACCUGGGGUGGCUCACACAGCCCUGCGUGCCCGAGGAAUGAAUGAAGGCACGUUGCACACCCUUUCUGCGUCUCGGUGA